AUGAGAACCCGAGCAGGCCCGAGCCGCACCCGUCCGAGAAUCAUCUUCAAACAUCGCACUAGACACAUGGCCAUGGACACAACUCUGGAGGAAGCCGGGGGGAUUCCGGAUAUCUUCACGUCGAGCCCGCCGGUCCGGGAUGCCCUGGAGACAGAGAGCUCCAUGCUCCAGGACGAGACCAUCGACGAGUGUCUGCCGUUCUUGACAGGGGAGGGACAUGACUACUUCAAUGCCCACGGAGUCCCGCACCUGUACCGCGACCGGCACGUCAAGUUCUUGCACAAGCAGCUUGGCACCCUGCCAUCCAUGUUCAUGUCUGCAGACCCCAGCCGGCCCUGGAUUUUCUACUGGUGCCUCGCUGGCUUGUCACUCCUCGGCCACGACGUGGAAUCCUAUCGCUCGAGGCUCGUCGAGACGGUCCGCCCCAUGCAGAACGAGACGGGCGGAUUCGGCGGCGGGUUCGGCCAGACCUCGCAUCUCGCCACCACCUAUGCAACAGUCCUGUCGCUCUGCUUGGUCGGCGGGGACGAGGCCUACGAGGUGGUUGAUAGGAGGGCCAUGUGGAGGUGGUUGUGCUCGUUGAAGCAGCCCGAUGGAGGAUUCCAGAUGGCCAUUGGCGGUGAGGAAGAUGUGAGAGGAGCCUACUGCGCGGCCGUCAUCAUUUCGCUGCUCAACAUCCCGCUCAGCCUGUCACCCGAUUCGCCUGCAUGUGCAGCCGGCCACGCUGGGCUUUUCAGCGGCCUCGGGGAGUGGGUACGACGAUGCCAAACGUACGAAGGAGGCGUGUCGGCAAAGCCGGGCGUCGAGGCCCACGGGGCGUACGCCUUCUGCGCCCUGGGAUGCCUCUCGAUCCUUGAUCCCCCGCACCAAGCGGUCCCCAGGUAUCUUGAUGUCCCGCGACUUGUCUCUUGGCUCUCGGCUCGCCAGUACGCACCCGAGGGUGGCUUUUCCGGUCGCACGAACAAGCUCGUCGACGGCUGCUACAGCCACUGGGUAGGCGGAUGCUGGCCGCUACUCGAGGCCAGCCUGAGGGGGCCGGAGCGGCCAGCGGCCGAGACUGCAGAUCACCUGUCCAUGCAGGCAGACAACAGCCUUUUCAGUCGAAACGGGCUGAUCCGGUACAUCCUCUGCUGUGGCCAGGACAUGUCGAAGCGCGGCGGGAUGAGAGACAAGCCAAGCAAAUAUUCCGACGCAUACCACACCUGCUACGUGCUGUCGGGCUUGAGCUCUGCUCAGCACAAAUGGAACCUGGCCCGCGCCGGUGCCGACGAGACCGCUAUGGGUGGCGAAGUCUGGACCGUGUCCACCUACGACAAGGGUGAACAGAUAUUCGACGAGCAGGAUCGCGUACGCCCCACGCAUCCCGUCUACGCCAUCCCGCAAGAGAAUGCAGACGACUGCCAAAACUACUUUGCCUCCAAGCCGGGCUUCUAA